AUGGAUGCUCAACAAGCCAAGAGCCCAACAAAUGAUUAUGUUAUUAAUGUUGAAGGAGCAAAUAAUAGAAGGAGAAUGUUUAAUGCCUCAAGUUUUAUUUCUACUACAAAUAUUUUAUAGAGAAAAGGAAGUGAUGCGAUUGAUUCAUUUUCAUAAGAUCUUCAUGGAUACGAUUAAGUGUUUUCCAAUUAAUGUCUUAAAAAUAAAGAAGUAGAUUACUCUGAAAGGUAAGAAAAAGCUAAUUCAAAGUUAGAGUUAGCUAUGGAUGAACAAUAGUCUAGAAAUUUAGAUAUUACAUCUACAGAUUAACUAAAAAGGAACUCAAAAGUGAGUGAAAUAGUUAGAACAAAGUCAAAAAAAGAGAUUAACUACAAUGAUAUUCAAUAAAUUAUAAAGUCAAAUUAAAAAAAGGGAAACCAAUAUAUUUAGUAGAAAAUUAAAACUAUAAAUGAUUAAUAGUAGAAUAAAGAUUAAUAACUGCUUAAUAUUGGAAAUGGUGUAACUGAAGACUACUUUUAAUAUGAAAAUAAUCAUGCAGAUGAAUUUGUUAAUAGUAAAUAAAACGAAGAGGGAUAGGAAGCAAUAAAACUCAGAAAUUAGAUUGUUAUUUUUUCAUAUCUCCUCUAAUUUGUAAAAUCGCUUUUGGUAAGAUAUAUGUAUAAAAAGCAUAAUAUGUUAUCAGUUCUUUAAUAUAGAAUUAUUGGUGAUAAUGCAAUUAUUAUUUAAAAAAACUAACGAAAGAGGAUUGAUGAAAUUCAAAAGGUGAAACAUCGAAAUAUAUUUGAAAGAAUCAAUUUUAUCCGUGAAAUAAAUGUUUCUAGCUAUAAUUUAUCUAAUUUCCACAAGGAAUCCAUCAUGAAAAAAUUUAUUUUUAGCAUAGUGAUUCGUACUAGAAAGAUAUUAAAAUAAAUUUUAAAAAGAGUUAUAAUUUUUAAGCCCAACAACCCUUUCAUACUUAUUUGGGAAAUUGCAUUCCUUUUAGUCAUAUUAUUCUUUUUAUUGGCUAUACCAAUAGAAUGGAGUUUUGAUUUAACUGAUAGCUAAAAGAAAGUUUUAAAAAUAAUGAAUUAUUUUUAGGUUGGAGUCUUCGUUGCUGAUAUUUUUAUAGGCUUUCAUACAGGGUUUUAUGAAUUCGGAGAAAUAGUCAUGGUUAGAAUGAGGAUUUAUGAAAAAUACUUCAAAGAAAAAUUUAAGACUAACUUUAUAAGUUUAAGUUUACUCGCCAUUAACUUCAUUAUUGAUUUUAAACUUUUAAAUUUUUUAGCACUAUUGAUCAUGGUAAACUCAAUUACAGAAAAAAUUGAGAGAACAAAUUUAAAUCUAUAACUUUAUUAAAAGUUAUCUUCCUUGCAAGAGCUAAUUAAAUUAUUUUGUUUCAUUUUUCUUUCAAUUCAUAUAUUUGGUUGUGGUUUUCAUUUUGUAGCAAUCUACAGUGAAUGGCAAGGCAUAUAAAACAAUUGGCUGAGGUAAAAUGAUCUCUUGAAUACUUCUGCUGGGGAAUAGUAUAUUAAUUCAAUAUAUUUUACAAUGAUUUCAAUGUGCACAAUCGGCUAUGGCGACAUUCAUCCAUUAAACUACUAUGAAAAGAUAUAUGUUUUGGGUAUGGCCUUUAUUAGCUGUGGUUUAUUUGCAUUCAGUGUAAAUUUGAUAGGCAGUAUUAUAUAAGAUAUUUAGAAAAAGACUAAGGAUUUCAGGAAUAAGCAAAGCUUAAUUUCUAGCUAUAUGAAUGAAAGAUAAGUUUAAUUAUCUACUUAAAUGAGAGUUUUGAAAUAUCUAGAAUUCAUUGAGGAUUUUCAGGAUUCAAAUAUUACAGAAGGUGCUAAAAUUCUAGAAACAUGUUCUUAAGAAAUUAAAGAAGAGCUGCUUAAAGAGUAUUUUGGGAGAAUCCUUAAAACUAUCAAGCUAAUUAAAGGAACUUUUAGUUAAGAGUUCCUUAUUCAACUUAGUUUAGUUAUGAGAGAAAGAAGAUUUGCUCCAGGCGAAAUACUAGUUUAGAAAGGUCAAUAAAUGAAACAUCUAUUUUUUAUUACAAAAGGAUAGACAGAAUAUUUUAUAGCAAAUAACGGGAAUUUUUUAAAUUUAUGCGAUUAUGACGAAAAGAUGAUAGAUUUAAAGUGCUUCAUAACUUAAUAGCCAUCAGAAAUAUCAGUAAGAAGCAAAGGAAUUACUACUGCAGCAUAUAUAGAUUUUCAUUAAUGGGAAGAAAUAAUAAAAUAAUUUGGUUAAGAUAGAGAAAAAGCUUGCUGCUUGAGAGAUUAAUUUUUAAAUGAUAAGAGAUACUAAUAUCCUUGUAAGAGUUGUGGUUAAUUCUAACAUAAUUUAUACAGUUGUCCUUAAGUUUGUUAUAAAAUUAAUAAAUCUCUCUAUUUUAAUAAGCUUGUGUUAAACAUUCAGCAAGAUAGAACAAAGACAAAUAGAAGGGACAAAAAGAAGCAGAUUUCUUCCUAUACUAGCAAUGAAACCAUUAGGUAAGGUUUAAAAUUGAUUAGAUGGGGCCUAGUUAAAGAAAUUUAUGAAGACUAUGAAGAAACUGAUGUAUAAUAAGAAUGCACGAUGAUAGAAAAGGAUAAAGAAUUCUAUUUAAGAUGUCCGAAAAUCAAGCUGUCAUAUUUUUUAAAAAAAGACGAGUAAAAAGAUGAAGUUUAAUAUAAUUACCCUUAAGUUAAAGUUAAAGGAUUUAAGCAACAAAAGAGUGAGAGCAAUUUCUUUUUUAAUCAGUUUAACUAAAAAUAAGAAUUAAGUUCGUCUUCCUCCUCUUCCUUUAUGACAACAAGUGAAAGUGAAGACUCCAGCGAUAGCAGUGAUAUUUAAAAUACUCCUUAGCAGCCACAAGUAUAGCAAUAAUAACAAUAAUAUGAGCAAGCAGUUAACAGUCUUAACAGUAACUAGCUAAGUACAAAUUUAAUGCCUUCUUAGAUUCCUCUUGAUUCUAAAUUUGAUUAUUCUGAAAUUCACAUUGAUUUUGUUAACAACUAAAAUUAUUACAAGAAAAAUUAAAAUGAGUCUGGCUUUUAGUAAUACUACCUCCAACCAAGAAGAUCCAAAUCAAAUACAAAAACACCAAAAAAUUCGAGAAUAGAAAAUUUUGAGUAAACUUCCCAAAAUAUAUAAAAUUCUCCAAAUCCUAUUUAUUUUGACUAAGUGUCAUAAAAAUAGCCAGAAGAUAAUAUCCAACCACAGUAAAAUAAUUAUCCUUUGUAAUAGCACACUAUACUUGAAAAAAUCCAUUAACAAAGAAGAUCCAUAUUAAGUAACAAUUAAAGUAAUCUGAGAGAAAAGUACAUUUCUCUUAUGCAGUUAUAAUAUAUGCAAUAAUAAUAACAACUAAUCUAGUCAUAACUUCAACAUUUUAACCAAUAAUAGUAAAAUUAAUAAUUAAAUUAGCAAAAUCAGUAAUAAAUAAAUUAAUAAUAGCAACUGCCAUCUUAAAUGAAUUAUAAUUAAUUAAAUUCCCCAUCAGAAAAAAAUAAUAUUAAUUCUUUCAAAUUCACAUUUGAAAACUCAAAAUCUUUUCAUGAUGAAGAACCCUAAAUAUUAUCUGCAAGCUAAAUCAACAGCUCAAAUAAUAUCGCAUUGCAACAAUAGCAACAAUAAAAUUAGCCACAUUAACAAGCUAACUAAUUGAAUGAAUAAAAUAGUGGAACUCCAGUUGUAUCUAUGUUAAAUUCUAUUAUAAGUUAAAUGUAAAAUCAAAUAGAAAAAUUCUAUUUCUAAGUCUCUAGCAUGCAGCAAUUAACUAAUUAGCAAUUUUAAGCAUAAGCUGCAAAUAAAAAAAAGAAAAAAGCUAUGAGAUUUAACCUACCAUCAAAUCAAACACCUAAUAAUAAGUAAAGUUAGUAAGAGGUAUCUAAAGAAAAUAACAGAUAAUAAAGUAUUACUUCUUCACAUAAUGGCUUCAAGGAUAGUUAAAAAGACAAUUUAAAAAUGGAUAUCAGUCUAGACAACAAAAUUUAAAACUUUCAUUUAUUUGGCAAAUGCGAGUUCUUUUUUGAUAUUGCUAAAGAGUUUAUGUAUUAUUAUCCAAAGUAUAACCAGUCAAGUAUUAUAAAGGCAUAUAAGAAAUAUUAAUCUCUUAUUAUUUAUUAAUUGAAAGAUUAAUACAUGACUAAAAAAGCUACUUCUUUAAAAAUGACUAUGCAUCAAAGUAUUAGAAAGAAAUUGUAUCCUAAAAAGACAACUUAAGGACCUUUAAAAAGAAAUAACAUGGUUUCAUUUAACCAUUCAUGA